AAUGCAGGACAUUGGAGAUAACAGCAUGCUGACUUGGUAGCGCCCACGAAUCUUCCCAUUUAUGGGCUAGGCAUAUGGCAAAGCGAUAUCGAUUAGUAUUGCUAAGAAAAACAUCGUCACAAUUUGUUACUGGAAGCUUGAACGAUUAUUACCGAAAAUCCCUCGAAGAAUCUCUAAGGAAGUAGCAAAAUGGUGCACUACACAGAAGAACAAAUGUCAGAAUAUCAGGAUGCCUUUUCACUAUUUGAUAAAAAAGGAGAUGGAAUGAUAGGGUGUGACCAAAUUGGCGAAGUUUUGAGGGCGCUCGGGUUGAAUCCUCGUCAAUCUGAGAUCACGAAGCUUUUGAAUGAAAUUGAUCCUAAGGGUGAAAAUGAAAAGCGCCUGUCAUUUGAAGAAUUUCUUCCAAUUUAUCACGAGCAAACGGACAAGCAACAAAGCUCAUCGAUAGAAGCAUUUAUUGAGGCUUUUCGCAUUUUUGACCUUGACAGCAACGGACUUAUAAGCGGAGGAGAAAUUCGACAUCUAUUGACAAUGUUAGGUGAAAAAUUAACAUUGGAUGAGGUUGAUGUGUUGCUUCAGGGAUUCGAAGAUGCCAGCGGAAAGGUUUUAUAUGAAGAUUUUGUCAGAAAGAUAAUGAAUGGCUAGAAUAACCAAUCAAAGUUCGCCAAGAUGACAAGGAGAUAAGCUAUAGAGACAAUUCAACUAUCUUAUCUUCAUUCUGUCAUCUUUCGUAUUUAGAUACUUUGCAAUAUGUUCUGGAAUUAAGUGAUCAUUAAAAAGUUAUAGGAA